AUGGAUCAAUCUUCCAAUCCUUUGACGUUAGAUGUUAACCAAACGACCAAUCAAAUGAAUUCCACUGACACUACUACACUUCAGACUCGUCAUCGGAAUUUUAUACUUGGGUUAUCCGCUACUUCUUUUAUUAUUGGAGUUACCGGUUCAUUGUUGUAUGCACGACGGAAAACAAAAUCCUUUCAGUCAGACUUCUCAUCAAAAAGUGUUAAACUAACUGAAUUGGAAGUACUAAAUAGAUAUAAACGAGCUAGUUUUUUUUCGAUACAAGCAUUUACAAUUGGUACAAUUCUUUGCAUUUCAGUUGGAGGUUUAUGUGCAAUUGGAGUUGGAUCAAUUCUUGGUGUUAGUAGCCUUAAAGAAUUUCACGAGAAAAUGAAAGAGACAAUACCAAAGUAUACACCAGGUUUACGGGAGUCUAUAAGAAAAUCCGAACAAGAUGAAUGGAAAAUUUUUCAAAAAGAAUUGGAA